CACAGCUGCUGGGGACCACACUAGCUCCACCCAAGGCCCUAUUGUGACCUGGCAGUCAGGCCAGUCUGUGAGCUGGCAGCCACAGGGGAGGAAGCACUGCCCCUUCCCCAGCUGACUCCUCUCCAUCCCUGGGGACAAUGGCAGGAUGGAGAGAGGGAGGAGCGUGGCACCUGCUGGUGGUGGUCCUACUGCUGUGCUGGGCACACAGUUCCCUGGCAAUAAAGUGUGGCCAAAGAAUCAAAGUUGAAUCUGGGCCAUUUGAGAUUUCUCCAAUCUUAGGCGGGAAGCCUGCAAGUAUUACAGAAUUCCCAUGGCAGGUGGGUAUUCUGGACAAAGGGAAGUAUAUCUGUGGAGGAAGUAUUCUCAAUGAGUGGUGGAUUCUCUCUGCUUCCCAUUGCUUUGAAAGAACCAAUCAGUCAAAUUUGGUGAUUAUACAUGGCACAGAGGACUUAGAAGCCAACUACAUGGACAGCGUGGAAGUGGACAAGCUAAUUAUCCACCCCGAGUAUGACAGUGGAAUCUAUGAUAAUGACAUAGCUUUGCUCUUGCUCAAAUCUCCGCUAACCUGGGAUAGCACAACAGUGCCCAUCUGCCUUACAGAGGUCACCAGUGAAAAGGCAUGGACUACCUGUUGGGUGACCGGAUGGGGCAUUACCAGUUUAAAUUUAAGGAGAGUUUCAAAGCUGCAGAAAGUCGACCUUGACCUGGUUGAAUGGGAAAAGUGUUACGAUAUUUUUUCUAUAGUCACCAUGAAUAUGCUGUGUGCUGGAAGUUCUAAAGAUGGGAAGGAUACCUGCCAGGGUGACAGUGGAGGACCUCUGGUUUGCCUCAAAAAGGGGAAGAAAAAAAGCUCAUGGUACCAGCUAGGCAUUGUCAGCUGGGGCGUAAGCUGUGGCAGAAAGGAAUAUCCUGGGUUGUACACAAAGGUGUCAAAUUAUCUGCUGUGGAUUAACAGCGAGACAACACAGGCAGGGAAGCCUUACAGACACGAGCCGGAUUCUGGGCAACAAUGGCUUCUCCCACACCUGGUCAUCUUCUUCCUGUAUUUUGUGAUGCUUGUACUAUUCUGGUGAUUAAAAAUAGCAUUUUCUCAAAA